GUCAACAGCUGGCUUGAUCAGUGGCGCGUGUAACGACCCGUCUCUCUCCACCGCCAUAACCUAAGAGAAUGUACUGAAGCAGCCCUGGAAGUUCUGUCGUUAUGAGGAGCUAUGACCAACAUUUCUUAAGCUGACGGUGUGAGGAGACUUUGGUGGCGGCCAGCGGGAGGAAGUGGCCUCCCUAGAGAGAAAGAAGGCUUACUUAGUACUUGAUAACAGGAGGAGUACAAAUCGACAAUGGUGCGACUGCCGUUCAAGAAGAAGAAGCAGCAGGCGACCACUAGGACCAUCCUGGUGAACCGUCGUCAGCCAGAGGAGAUGAGCGAGUCACUGGUAGUUCCUCACUACACACACAACAAGAUAAAGACAGCCAAGUACUCGAUCGUUACCUUCCUGCCCAAGAAUCUGCUGGAACAAUUUCGCCGUAUUGCUAACUUCUACUUCCUGUGUGUCGCUGUUAUACAGUUAUCCAUCAACAGCCCGGUGUCUCCCCUGACGAGCGUCCUGCCGCUGGUGCUGGUGAUAUGUGUGACGGCGGUGAAGCAGGGGUACGAGGACUGGCUGAGGCACCGUGAGGACAACAAGGUUAACAACUCCCCCUCCAGAGUCCUGCUGGAGGGUGAGGUGAAGGAGGUACGCACGAGAGACAUAGAGGUCGGGGACAUUGUGGUAGUGGCGGCCGACGAGCAGUUCCCCUGUGACCUUCUGUUGUUGAUGUCCUCUGACGCUGAGGGCAAGUGCAGCGUGACCACCGCCAACUUGGACGGGGAGACCAACUUAAAGACCUUCCUCUGCCCUGACGAGUCUCAGUACCUAACCUGUGUGGAUGACCUGUGGAAGAUGAGGGCCGUAAUAGAAUGUCAGCUGCCUCACGCCAACUUAUACGACUUUAAGGGCAAGAUGGAAGUGUAUCGGGGCUCCGGCCUUCCUACCACUGCCUCCCUCAACACUGACAACCUCCUGCCCAGGGGCGCCCGGCUCAAGAAUACAUCUACAGUGUAUGGGGUCGCCAUCUAUACAGGGGAGGAGACCAAGAUGGCUCUCAACUCUAAGAUGACCAGCAACAAGUUCUCCACUGUUGAGAAGUCGAUGAAUAAUUUUCUAGUCUUCUUCCUGGCGGUCUUGCUGUUACAAAUUAUCGUGUGUACCGUGUUGAAGUACCUGCUGUAUACUGGACCUAUCAUGGAGGACAUGUGGUACCUGGGCGUGGCCGCAAACUCAACAGUGACGGUUGAGGAUGUCGUCCAGGACAGCUUCUUCUUUCCUCAUUAUCUUCAAUUAUAUCAUCCCCAUCUCUCUCUACGUUACUCUAGUACCUACAAAAAAAAAAUAGAAAAAAAGUUAUCAAUACUUCCAGAGAUGCAGAAGUUUAUUGGCGCCAUGUUCAUAGAGUGGGAUGACCAACUGAUAUGUGGCAAGACUGGCGAGAGGUGCAAGUGUAACACCUCGGAUCUGAACGAGGAGCUUGGCCAGGUACAGUACUUGUUCACGGACAAGACUGGGACCCUCACAGAAAACUGCAUGAAUUUCCGGCACUGCUCGGUAGAGGGGCUGAAGUACGUCGAUGUAGAGGAGCAGUUACACUACACCAGCCACCGCGACACUAGCAAGACCUUCCCUAUAGACCACUGGCCCGACAACCUUGACACCUUCCUGGAGACGUUGGCUCUGUGUCACACGGUACAGGUGACCCCCACCUCCAGGUCCACCACGGAGGCCAUCACUACCCCGCAGGGUAUACAGUUGUCCGACUUCCGUUUACAGUACCAGGCUGCCAGUCCCGACGAGAAGGCCCUGGUGGAGGCUUGUGCGAGGUAUGGCGUGGUGUUUGAGGGUCAAGUCAAGGACGAGCUGCGCCUUAGCGUGAGGGGGCACACCAAGUUGUUCAAACGCCUUCAGGUCCUGGAGUUCGACUCAGACCGUAAGUGCAUGUCAGUGGUGGUGAGGGAGGAGGCGUCGGGGAGGAUCUGGCUGCUGACGAAGGGAGCGGAGAGCAGCGUGUUAAGAAGGUGUUCUGACGCUGCCCACCUACAGCCUCUCCACGACACAACCCUCGCUCACAUUGACGACUACGCCCUGAUGGGUCUCCGGACGCUAGCAGUGGCUCGUAGGGAACUAACGAAGGAAGACUAUCAGGAGUUCGCCAUGCAGCUCUCCCAGGCCAAGCAGAUGGUGGAGGGGCGAGAGGCAGCGGUGAGGGAAGUGACGGAGAGGAUGGAAGCUGAGCUGAGACUGCUGGGAGCUACCGGGGUGGAGGACCUUCUGCAGGAGGGCGUCCAGGAGACUCUGGAGGCUCUCAGGGCAGCGGGUAUCAAGGUAUGGGUGCUCACUGGAGACAAGGUGGAGACUGCGGUCAACAUCGCUUACUCCUGCGGUCACUUCAAGCGGUUUAUGACCGUCUUGUCUCUCACCAGCCUGCAUGACCUCCACCAGGCGGAGUCUGUACUGCAGAUGUGCUGGCAGGAGACAGAGGGAGACUCACAGUACGGUCUGGUCGUUGACGGCACCUCGCUACACAUUCUUCUGGAGAACCUGAAGGAGGAAUUCUACAGUGUUUGUCGGAGGUGUACCGCUGUAGUCUGCUGUAGAAUGUCACCCAGGCAGAAGGCUGAGACGGUGAGGUUGGUGAAGACGUCAAGAACGUCCAGUGUGUGCAGCACAACGGGAGCUAACGACGUGUCCAUGAUCCAGGAAGCUCACGUUGGUAUAGGUGUUAUGGGCAAGGAAGGUCGCCAGGCAGUGAGGUGUUCAGACUUUGCCUUCGCCAGGUUCCGCUUCCUGAAGAGGGUGUUGCUGCUCCAUGCCUUUGACUACUUUUACGUGAGAGGUAACACACUCGUCCAGUACUCCUUCUACAAGAACGUCGCCUUCAUCACUCCGCAGGUGUUCUUCGCCAUCUGGAGCGCCUUCUCACCCCAGAGUGUGUAUGACAGCUUAUCACUGACCAUGUACAACAUUACCUUCACGUCUCUGCCAGUCAUCGUGUACGGCCUCCUGGAUCAGAACCUCCCGCCGUCUCUACUGCUGAACCGCCCUGAACUCUACCAGAGGAUCGCUCACAACUCGGCUAUGUCCUGGUUGAGUUUCUGCAGGUGGAACUGUUUUGCGUUGUGGCACUCCUGUGUAGUCUACUUCGGGUUGAUGUUGGUCUGUAGUGACGACACCUGUGGGCUUCCUGACGGCCAGACCUCAGACCUCUACCUCUUGGGCACCACACUCGUCUCUCUCUAUGUGUUCAUCACCAACUUUAAGCUGGUUUUGGAGUCGCAUUACUUCACUCUGUUGUUCUUGUUAGCUCUUCUGCUGACCUUCGUGGGCUACGUCGGUCUAUCCCUCAUCUACCAGGGCGUCUUACUUGACGCCUUCAACAACUAUGGGGUGUACUGGACCUACUACCUCAUGUUCAAGAGCUGGUCACUGAUGCUGGCCUCUGUCCUCCUGGUGGUGGCGAGUCUCCUACCUGACCUCCUCCACAAGAUCUAUCUGGCCUCCAAGGACGUGAGGGUGAGGGCGCAACAGCGAAGGAAGAGGAAGACGAGAGCUGUGUCACUAAAGGCUUACAUCAGUCAUGUGAACAAGGCCUUUGAUCCUACGGAGGGGUCAGGCAGCCUCUGGGAAGUGACCAAACGCGAAGACUCCGAAAAUGGCCGAGUCAAAGAGCUCGGCCAAGGCAGCAGAGAGCUCGGCCAAGGCAGCAGAGAGCUCGGCCAAGGCAGCAGAGAGCUCGGCCAAGGCAGCAGAGAGAUCGGCCAAGGCAGCAGAGAGAUCGGCCAAGGCAGCAGAGAGAUUGGCCAAGGCAUCGAGAUCGACCGAGAGAAGGAGAUCUACCUAAACAAAAUCAUGUGCCAAGAUAAAGAAACUGGUCAUUAUAGUGGACCCUGGACACAGACCGAGCCUCUUACACACCACAGAGCGAUGGUGGCAGUAUCUGAGAAGGUGGCAGACAGCGAGACAUUCAUAGGAAAUAAGACAAUAAUAAAUGAUAAAAACUCUCUAGAUAAUGAAGCGUUCUUAGAAAGUGAAACAGAAAAUGGUACCACAUCUUGUACAGGGUCUUGGGCAAGUGGGAGUACUUUAAUAUGAUAUUCAUUAAAUAAAUAUGAUUACGCUGAAUAGUGUAAACUAAUGACUCUAACGUCCGAUGAUAGAAAUAUAAAGAAUCGU